AUGGGAAUGAAUCAUUCAAUGGGGCAGCCUACAGGGACACAAAUGGGGCCCACGGAGAACAUUUCUUGUGUGUAUUGUGGUGAGGGUCAUACUUUUGACAACUGUCCUUCCAAUCCAGCAGCUGUAUGUUACAUGGGGAAUCAAAAUACGAAUGGCCCUUAUUCUAACAACCCAUCAUGGAGGCAACAUCCCAAAUUAUUGUGGAGUAAUCAAGGGUCUGGCCCUAGCAAUUCUUCUAUGCCUCCAAGACCAAAUUUCCCACUGGGUUAUCCCCCACAAGCAUCACAACAAAGGCCACAACAACAAGCAAUGCAAUCUAGCUCUCUUGAGAACAUGUUGAAGGAGUAUAUAGUGAAGAAUGAAGCCAUGAUCCAAAGCCAAGCAUCAUCAUUAAGAAACUUGGAAAACAAAGUUGGGCAACUAGCUAAUGAACUUAGAAAUAGACCCCAUGGUAUGUUACCAAGUGACACCGAGAAUCCAAGAAAUGUGAGCAAAGAACAUUGUAAAGCCGUCACUUUGAGAAGUGGGAAGGAGUUGGAGAAUUCCAAGACAAAUUCUGGGUACGAGGGUGAGCCCUCUUCAAUCCAAAUAAAUGAGGAAAUUAAAAAAGAUGCUGAAAUUCCUAGUUUGCAUAUCAACAUCCCACUUGUAGAGGCACUUGAGAAAAUUCCUAACUAUGUGAAAUUCACGAAAGAUGUUCUUACAAGGAAGAGAAGGUUAGGAGAGUUUGAAACCGUGGCUCUAACCAAGGAGUGUAGUUCAUUUCUGCAAGACAAAUUGCCACCAAAGUUGAAGGAUCCUGGGAGUUUCACUAUUCCUUGUACUAUUGGAGACACUUAUUUUGGGAUGGCUCUAUGCGAUCUGGGUGCCAGCAUUAACUUGAUGCCAAUGUCUAUUUUCAAGCAGUUGGGAAUUGGAGAAGUUAGGCCUACUACAAUUACUCUUCAACUUGCAGAUAGAUCCCUUGCUCAUCUGGAUGGGAAGAUUGAAGAUAUAUUGGUGAGGGUAGACAAAUUCAUAUUCCCUACUGAUUUUAUUGUGCUAGACUAUGAGGCGGACAGAGAGGUGCCCAUUAUCUUGGGGAGGCCAUUUCUUGCUACAGGAUGA